GAUGCCUAUAACCAUCGAGUCCCCUCAAGACCAGAUCCUUCUUGGGGCAGAAGAACUGCGUCAAGAUGCGUUUUCGGCCUUCGGCACCGUAAUCGAGAAUCCUGUCCCGUCUCUCGUCCCCGCUCCUCAUAUUGAAGUCCUUCCGCCAACUGCAGUCCAAGCAAAUCAGGGCAGUGCGCUCAAAUACUUAGAUGUCACGCACAUGAAAGAUUUAUAUGCCUCCGCACCUAGUGGCAAGCAGGCUAAAGCAGUCAUGAAUAUGUUCGUCUGUGCGCCUCGGAGUCUUCUCCCAAGUCAAGGUAGCAACAAUACCGAGGGACGCUUUCCCGUGGGAAUCCUCGAACGGCAUCCUUAUACCACUCAGACAUUCAUACCUCUUGGGAUCUCCCAGUCCGAAGUAUGCGAGGCUCGCUAUCUCGUUAUAGUGGCUCCAAGUCUACCUCCCUCUCGUGGUGAUGAACCGUUACCCUGUCCCACCGGCGGUGACUUGCCCGGGCGAGGUUUGCCCGAUCUCACGAGGAUCAAGGCUUUCGUGGCGAAAGGUUCGCAGGCUGUGACGUAUGGUGCGGGAACAUGGCAUGCUCCGAUGGUCGUCGUGGGGAGGAAACCAAUCGACUUCGUGGUGGUACAGUUUGCGAAUGGGGUGGACAUUGAAGAUUGUCAAGAGGUGGAAUGGAAGAAAGGUGUGGGGGAAGGUAUUUCAGUAGCAGUGCCAAAUGCUGUGCAAAGCAAAAGAGCAUGGAAGUUAUGAUCUGGGAGACGAUACUCAGCCAGGCCAGCUCCUGUUCGUGCUUCUGAGGGAAAGAAUGGAAAUCUGACCGGGUUUGGAGCCAUCGGUAGGAAAUCUAGAGUCGAU